AGAGAAGUAGUCAAAAGCGUUUUAUUUAAACAAAAACAAAUAUUAAACAUGUCGGCUGUGUAUGCCGCUGGGAAAACUUUAAAAACUUCUGUUACGAAGCAGCGGAUCAAAAAUAUUUUUCUAAAUUUUACACGAGCUAAAGAAUCAAGGUUUUUGGGUUACUAUAAACAUAAAAUUUCUACUCCAGUUUUUAGAGAACGAGAGGCUCAUUAUCGUGAGACUGUCUUAAAACCAUUAGAAGAGAUACCUUCUUUAAGUCAAAGACUAGCUGAAAUUAAUGCACCUGAUCCUGUUUUGGACAAGAAAGUUGAUAUUGGUUUUCCAAAAGAAAAGCAUAGAAAGGUGACAAUCAAGGAUAGAUUAACAAGAAGAAAAAAUAUAGCUGAACUUUCAGAUGAAAUAGAUUUAGAUCAAAUUCAAAAUGAUUGGAUGAUGUUUGAUGGACCCACUCAUUUACAGAAUAUUGCAGAUCAUUAUGGCAUUUUUAAACAUCUCUAUGACCAUGGAUUUUUUACACCAUGCUUGCCUUUGCGUGUAUCAUAUGAUUAUGAUGAAGAUAGUGUCAGCCCUGUCUACAUGGGGAAUAUUUUGCAGGCUUCAGAUGUUGUAACCGUCCCUCAUGUUUCAUUCAAAAGUAAUCCUGAAGAUUUAUGGUCACUUGUUCUUACUAAUCUUGAUGGUCAUUUGCUUGACCCAAACUCUGAAUAUUUACAUUGGUUCAUAGGAAAUGUUAAAGGUGGUGAUCUAAAGUCAGGUGAAACUGUGUGUGAUUAUUUAAGACCUUUUCCAAUGAGAGGGACUGGAUAUCACCGAUUAGUCUUUGUUUUGUACAAACAAAAUAAAGUAAUUGAUUUUUCACAAUUGAAAAGAGCAUCUCCAUGUUUAAAUCUGGAAGAAAGAACGUUUAAAACAUUUGAUUUUUACAAGGAACAUCAGGAUUUUUUAACUCCAGCUGGGUUGGCUUUUUAUCAAUGUACAUGGGAUGAAUCUUUGACUGAUUUCUUUCAUAAUGUUCUUAACAUGCAAGAGCCUGUUUUUGAAUACAUUGAGAAACCUAUGUAUUACAAACCUCAAGUUCAAUUUCCUCAUAUGGAAUAUUUCAAUUUAUACCUGGACAGAUACAGAGACCCCAAAGAAGUGAAGAAAGAAGUACUUCUAAAGCGUCUGAAAACAGUUGAUCCAUUCAAAGAAGAACCUCCUAUGCCAAAAUACCCAUGUCUUCAUAAACCAGACAACUAUCGCUUUAGCUGGCAGAGGUUGGAUAUUUUGAAAGAAAGAUUAAGACAAGGGAAAUAUCGAGACUUAAGGCCUCAUUCAGUUUAUCCUCAGGAGGAUGAUAACCAUAAAAAAAACUAUAAAACCUGAUUUAUGUAAAUAGUCACUGUUAAUAAAAAAUUACGCUUGUGUAAUGUGCUUUACAAAAUGUUAUAAUUUUUUGUGAAUUGUCUAUUAAAAUGGAAUUAUAGGUAUUAUGUUUAUUUUUUCUUAGUGGGCCACAGAGUACAACCCUUAAAAUUUAUGCAUGUAAUAUGAUGUAUUGAACAGUUUAAGUUUAAACGAUCUUUAAAAAUUAUUUAUAUUUUCAACUUACAAACCACUAUUAUUAUUUUUAAAUUUAUAAAAUAAUUGAGAUUUGAGCUUAAAAAUUUUUUUUUUAAGUUCUAAGAUUAUUCAAAAUUUUUAUACAAACUGAAAAAGCAAAAUUAUCAAAUUUAAUUUUUAGACAAAGUUAAAGUAGUAUUAAUGUUUGUAGUUGACAUUCUGAAUUUUAUUUUUCUUCCUUAUCUUUCCCUUAAACUAUAUUAAACUGUUAGGUUAAUAGAAAUAAAAAAAAUAGUUAAUCGAAAUCUACCUUUGUAAUAAUUGUAUAAUGUUUUUCCUGCUUAAGUCUAAGUUAAUCAUAUUUAUAUUAUUAUUAUUAAAUUUUUUAUUUUAUUUAUUAUUUUUCUGCUUAAUGCCAUGGAGACAAAGCUGUUAAAUAGGAAAAAUAUACAUAAAAGUAUGAGAGGAUUAAGAAGAGAUAUUGUUUUGCCCUAAUUAUGGUAAACUUUGAAAAUUACUAUGGAAACCUUCAAAAGUUACAGUGGUUAACAUUUUUUAGAGAAAGUUAAAAAUUCGCCCCUACAAAUCAGAAUUAUGUUACAUUCACUGCUUUAUAUAUUUGUUAAUAAAGGUGUUUUAAAAUAAA